AUGAUUAUGGAUUCCCUAGUGAUUAUUAUGGGAGUCACUGGCAAAGUUUCCAGGGAGGAAAGUCGACUAGGGUAUUCUAUCUCUUUACAUGAAUAUGAUGGUACAAAUUUAUAUGCUGGUACAGAAUCACAAUGGGGAACAUUAUAUUUUGAUUUUGAUAAAGAAGAAACACGUCGAUUUCUAUUUGCUAGUGCUCUUUACUAUCUUGAUCGAUUUCAUUUUGAUGGAAUUCGUUUUGAUGCUGUUAGUCAAAUGAUUCGACGAAAUCAAACAGAUAUUCAGAGUGCUAUUUCAUUUUUACAUGAACUCAAUCAUAUUAUUCAUACACAUUAUCCCGGUGUUCUGUGUAUUGCAGAAGAGACAGAAGGUUAUCCUAAUCUUAAUAGAACAAUGAAUUUUGAUUUAAAAUGGAAUAUUGGUUGGAGUAAUGAUGCACGAAAUUUUCUUCGAACACCAUAUACUGAACGAUUUCAACAUUGGAAACAAAAAAUAUUAGAUGUUUUAAAUUGUGCACGAUGGAAUGAUGAUAAAAUGAUUUGUACGUUGAGUCAUGAUGAUACAAAUGAUGGUCCAUUUAGUAGUAAAAAUAUUCUAUUGAAUUGUGUUUCACAUGCUCGAAAUGAUAUGGAUAAAUUUGCUGAUCUAAGAAAUUUAUUUGCAUGGCAAAUAUGUAUGCCAAGUCGCGGUCAUAUGAUACAUAUGGGUGAUGAAAUUGUUCAACCAAUGUCUUGGUUUCAACGAUGUUUUCGAGGAAAGUCAAGUAUGGAUUGGUCAUUAUCUAAUUCAACAUCAUUACAUGGAAAAAUUCAAGAAUAUAUACGUGAUCUCAAUCAUCUUUACAUUCUUUAUCCACAAUUUUGGGAAUAUGGAGAAGAAGGUUAUUCAUUAAUCUAUGAAUAUGGUGAAAAUCUAGUAAUUGCAUAUCAUCGAGGUAUUUUUAAUAAUUGUAGAAUUACUGUUAUUCAUAACUUUUCAAAUCGUGGUUACACAUCCUAUGAUAUUCCAUUACCAAGAUCGGAUCCUAAUGUAGAACGUAUUCGAGAUGCAAUAGAAAUAUUCAAUACAGAUGAUCUAAAAUAUGGUGGAUCAGGUACUUUUCAAAAUCAACAGAUUGAAAUUAAACGUAAUAAUGGAGAAGAUAUCAUAUUCACAGUUGCUCUUCCUCCUCUGUCGACAAUAAUAUUAGAAGAAAAUUUAAUAUAA